AUGGCAGUUGAGUUUCAAAACUGCUUCAUCUUCAUUCUCCUCAGCUUCUUCUCACUUUUCUGUUAUUCUGUCUUCUUCUCGAGGAAGACAAAACUUGAGGUUGAUUUUCCUCCAAGCCCUCCCUCUCUGCCUGUCAUCGGCCAUCUUCACCUUCUUCUCUCUGCAGUAUCCCACAAGGCUUUUCAUAACAUCUCCACCAAAUAUGGACCUCUUUUGUAUCUCAAAAUCUUCAGUUUUCCCAUAGUUCUUGCCUCUUCUGCCUCAGUAGCCUACGAGUUAUUCAGGACGCACGAUGUAAACGUCUCGUCUCGCGUCCCUCCCAUCACGGUCGAGUCUCUCAUCUUUGGAUCUUCCGGUUUCGCCUCUGCUCCUUUUGGAGAUUACUGCAAGUUCAUGAAGAAGCUUCUAGCCACGAGGCUUUUUCGAACACAGGCAAUCGACAACUUAAGAGGUGUCCGUGCAGAGGAGCUAGAGCGGUUUUACUUGAGUCUGUACGACAAGGCGGUGAAGAAAGAGAGCAUUGAGAUUGGUGAGGAAACGAUGAAGUUCACUAACAACAUGAUCUGCAGGAUGAGCAUGGGGAGGAGCUGUACAGUGGAGAAGGGUGGGAUAGAGAGAGUCAGGGAACUGACUAUCAAGUCUUUUGCCUUAUCCAAGAAGCUUUUCUUUGCAAACACAUGUCUUACUUGGCUCGAGAAGCUUGGAAUCUCAAUAUUUAACAGGGAGAUAAUGGAGGUUUCACACGGAUUUGAUGAGUUGUUGGAGAAGAUUCUUGUGGAGCAUGAAGAGAAACCGACGGAGGAGGAAAAAGAUAUGGACAUGAUGGAUUUGUUACUGGAAGCUUCUCGAGAGGAAAACGCAGAGUAUAAGGUCACUAGGAAGCAAAUCAAGUCAUUGUUUGUGGAGAUUUUUAUGGCAGGCAUAGACACUGCGGCACAAGCAACACAGUGGACAAUGGCGGAGAUCAUUAACAACCCAAAAAUUCUGGAGAGAUUAAGAAGGGAAAUUGAUUUGGUUGUAGGAAAAGAAAGAUUGAUUAAAGAAACGGAUAUACCAAAACUCCCUUAUUUGCAAGCGGUGGUCAAGGAAGGGCUAAGAUUGCACCCACCAGGGCCGUUUCUGGUUAGAAGGUUCCAAGAAAGUUGUAAGAUCAAAGAGUUCUAUGUACCGGGGGAAACAACCCUUCUUGUUAAUGUUUAUGCUAUCAUGAGAGAUCCUGAUUUGUGGGAAGAUCCGGAUGAGUUUAAGCCAGAGAGAUUUUUAGCUACUUCAAGAUCAGAACAAGAGGAGGAGAUAAAAGAGCAAGCAUUCAAGUACAUUCCUUUUGGAGCCGGAAGAAGAGGAUGUCCUGCAGGAAAUUUGGGUUCUAUCUUUGUAGGAACUGCGAUUGGAAUGAUGGUGCAGUGCUUUGACUGGAGAAUCAAAGGACAUGGAGAGGUUAGCAUGGAAGAGGUUAUUGCAGGGAUAAGUCUUACCAUGGCUCAUCCGAUUAAGUGCAUUCCUGUUUCUCGACUCGGCCCGUUUAGCCCUUAA